GUCAUCCUGUACGGUGGCGAUAACCAAGUCGUCCGUCAGUGGAUCACGGAGCGGCAGAGUGCAUGGCACGGUCUCCGGGCGGUUCAUGGUCAGGACCCUCAACAUGAUCGAAAUGAGGUACCGUUGCAUUGUGUGGUAGCAGCUUGGCUUCGAACAUAUCACAAUGUGGGGGCAGAUUUUGUGACGCGGUGCAGUGACGAAGAGUUCGGUAGAUGGGUCAGGCAACAUGACCUGACCGUUGUGGACAUCGGUGGUUACCUACGCCAGGCGGUGGAGGACUCCGAGAGGUUUGGACCUUGUUUGUUGGCGUGGGAUGUCGACGACCGUGAUAUUCUUCGUCUAAAGGAGCGGAGACUAAAGAGGACGAUCCCCGCCGUUUUGGUUCCCGAUUGGGGAGCGCUUAGGGUCGUCGAGUUGGCCGGUGAAGGCCGAUGGGUCUUGGACUUCAUGGAUGCAGCCGACUCCCUUGGUUGUGAGGCUCGGACGGCUGGGUGGUCCGGUCCCGUUGGCGUUGAUGAGAUCGUACUGUCUGCUCUUUGCCCAGAUCGCCAUGGAAAGGUUGGAGUGGUUGUCGCAAAGGCGGCGAUCAGUGGCAAGGCUCGCUUGGCAGUCCUUGAAGGUCCCCGUGCUGUUGAUUGGCCGCGCAUCUGCGAGGAGUUCGUGAAGGCCGGAUGGCAGGUCUUUGAGGGCGAGUUCGUGACGACAGAGUUUGGUGAAGCGGCUGCCCGUCGGCGAGUUUGUGUGGUGGCCUCGGACACGUGUGAGGUGACGGCUGCGUUGGUGAUCACAGAUGCGGGUGUGCCGCGUGAACCGUUGCUCCCAGUGGUCAAGGGGCAUUAUUGGGAUCAAGGCAGACGACGCAACCUUUAUGGCACGAGUGGACCGUUGUUGUGGCCCUUGGAGGACUGCGUCGUGUUCGACCCCAGGGGGCCACCCGGGACCGUGCGAAAGUUGGAGCCGGAGGAGGUAUGGAUGUGCCAAGGCCGCGCAAAGCAACAGCUGGAUUCGCUGCUUCACGAGGGCUUGGACCUUCAAAGGGCCUUGGCUGAAGGUAACAAGGCAACCGGAGGGCACACUGCCGUGGCCUUGACUUUGAUGGCGGGCUAUGUGGGCCGAACUGGUGACACGAGAAAAUCGGGCGGUGGCUACGAUGUCCUGGGUGAUGAGUCCCUGGCCAAAUUGCUCAAGUGGCUUGGUCAAUGGCGGCGGGGCGGUUUUCCACGGGCCCUUCUGAUGACGAUUGCCGAGCUGGCGGGCGAGGAGACGGACCACGAGAUCGAACGAGCAGUCUGGCGUUGGGGCGAGGCACUUUGGUUGUGGGCUUUGUUCUCAGAGGAGGAUGUGGAAGAUGACAACUCCCAACAGGCCGGAGCACGAGCCAAUGCUAAAGUGUGCGAGGCUGCGAACGCAUGCGGUGACGCCCAAAUCCAGGACUGUCUUCUUCCUGUGCGACCAUUCGAUGGCCUUGUCGGUGACCGGGUCGAUGAAUGGAUCGAGGAGAAUCUGAGCGGCUACCGCGCGGAUAGCGCCACCAAGCAGUAUGCGGGCAUCUACGGCAAGUGGCGAGCAUGCUCCCGACGGCAGAGGUGGCGCACGGAGUACCUCGACAAAUCACGGCGGGUCGAAGACAAUGAAGACAAGAUCCUCGGCUUCCUAGGUUACCUCGGGUGGCUGGGUUGCACGGUUGCCACCAUCAAGCAGGCAGUCUUUGCCCUCAAGGACGCUCGCAAGAGGGCGGGCAAAGGUGAUCCGACGGAGGGCAUGUGCCGGCUGUGGAUGCUACUGGGCGCCUUGGAAAAGCGCUCUUCCAAAAAGCCAAGGCGACUGGGCGUGACUCCGGAGAUGCUGCGAUGGAUCAGGGAGGCGACCAACGCGAGCCGGGGCGAAGCAGCGGACGUCUUCGAUGCAGCGGUCAUUCGGGCAGCGGUCACCACGGCUUGGUUCUUUAUGCUGAGAGCCAAAGAGUACUGCGACUCGAAUGGCAUCGACUAUGCCAUGAUCCUAAGGGGCGUAGAUGUGAAGUUUGUCUUCGAGGAGAAGGACGGCGUCCAGGUCUUGAUUGGGGUGACCAUUCAGUUCAGGAAGACCAAAACGGACCAGGAGGCCUGGCACGUGCAAGACCAUGUACCGGUCAGGGGAUCCCGACCUGUGUGUGGUGGCUGCCUUGGAGGAGUUGAACUGCUUGGCACCGAGAAGGUUUUGCCAGGGCCCUGA